UGUUAUCUUUCAUCAUCUGGAUUUUGGGUUGUUGCGUAUUGGAAUGUGAUGUGAUUAACUAUUUUAUUUUUUUAUAUGAGCAACUUAUUUCACAAUAAUAUAAUACCGAUUGUACAAACGAAUAUCACACGAUUAAAGAAUAUAUAAAAAUCGUAACACAAUGUCGGUGAUAGAAUUCUUGAAAGACUUGCCGUCCUACGACGAGCAGAAUUUCAGUUUAUUCAAUACUGACAAUGGUAUCCGAAACUGUUCGAAGAGACCAUCAAUCUACCUACCUACGAAAGAUAUCCCUUCUGAACAAAUAAUUGUAACGGAGAAGACAAACAUUCUGCUAAGAUUUCUACAUCAACAGUGGGAGAAAAAGAACAACAAUGCAUCAAUAAGGAAGAGAGAUCAAUGCAACACUGAACAAAAUGGUGAUGAGAGAGUUCCGCGCAAGAGACCUCGACUCAACUCACCGAUGUACUGAAACAAACAAACUUUUCAAAUUUUGUGUUUAACUUGUACACACAAAAUGUGCAACCAUUUUGUAAACAUAUUUUUAUAUCACAUAAUUAGGUACAAUUAUAUGUUAAUCCUUGAAA